CCACCGUGUCGUCCCUCACCUCACAGAAGCCUCCAACAGAGUUAUCGAGCGGCCCCGUAAUCGAUGGCCAUGGCGUCAGCGGCGAGCAGAACGCUGGGCAAGCCCCUCCUCGUCCUCGUCUUCCUCGCCACGCUGCUCCUCGUCCUCGUCUCCGCCGUGGAGUGCUACGACGGCCGCCAUGCCGUCACGCACCCGGCCAUGGCGCGGCGCUCCCGCCUUGGGAUGGGGACGCGUCACGUGCACCACCGCCGGACCGCGACGCCGCACCGAUACGUCCUGGCGGAGAAGAGCAACGCGACCGGCAGCGGCGCCAAGAACCGCAGCUCGCCGGCGACGUCCAACGCCACCUCGCCGACGCAGGCGCCGGCGCGUCCGGCCGUGCCGAGCAAGCACCACCGCAGCCACAAGCACCGCGUCCGCAACUGGAUCAUCGGCUUCGUCGUUGGCUCCCUCGCCGGCGUCAUAUCGGGCCUGGUCCUCUCCGUGCUGUUCCGGCUGACCCUCAACUGCAUCCGCGGCCGGUACCGGUCGCGGUCCGGCGUCACGAUCUUCACCCCGAAGUUGAUCAGGCGCGCCGAGCACCUGGCGUUCCUGGAGAAGGAGGACGGGCUGGCGUCGCUGGCCGUGAUCGGGCGCGGCGGCUGCGGCGAGGUGUACAAGGCGCAGCUCCCCGUGGAGCGCGAGGGGGUGGAACCCCGGUUCAUCGCCAUCAAGAAGAUCAAGAAGCAGAACAGCGACACCCCCAACAACCUGAGCGACGAGGAGAGCCGGCAGCUGGACAAGUGGUCCCGUCAGAUCCAGUCGGAGAUCCGCACCGUCGGCCACAUCCGCCACCGCAACCUGCUGCCGCUGGCGGCGCACGUCCCCCGCCCUGACUGCCACUACCUCGUCUACGAGUACAUGAAGAACGGCAGCCUGCACCACGCGCUCAAAGCCGACGGCAGCGGCAGCGGCGUCGCCGGGCUCUCGUGGCCCGCGCGGCUCCGCGUGGCGGUGGGCGUUGCGGCGGGGCUCGAGUACCUGCACGUCUCCCACGUCCCGCAGAUCAUCCACCGGGACCUCAAGCCCGCCAACAUCCUCCUCGACGACGACCUGGAGCCGCGCAUCGCUGACUUCGGUCUGGCCAAGGCGAUGCCCGACGCGCAGACGCACGUCACGUCGUCCCAUGUCGCCGGCACGCUGGGGUACAUCGCGCCCGAGUACCACCAGACGUUCAAGUUCACGGCCAAGUGCGACGUGUACAGCUUCGGGGUGAUCCUGGCCGUGCUGGCGACGGGGAAGGAGCCGUCGGACCCGUUCUUCACGCAGACCGACGAGGUGGUCGGGCUGGUCAAGUGGCUGCGGCGAGUGAUGCUGGCCGGGAAGCACGCCGAGGCCAUCGACCCGGCCAUUGCCGGCGCCCAGAACGAGGAGUCAAUCGUGCUGGUGCUGCGCAUCGCCGUGUUCUGCACCGCCGACGAGCCUAAGGAGCGGCCCAGCGCCAAGGAAGUCCGCUGCAUGCUGUCGCAGAUCAAGAUUCAUCAGGAUUGGAACUAGUAUAAAAUUAGCACUAUUACAAACCAAGCAAUAAUUGUGCUUGUGGAAAGUAUCGAUAUUCAUCAUUAGACCUUCCCUCCAGUGUUUUUAA